GACAUCAUUCAUCAAACAAUUUGUGUGGUGCGUGGUGUGUGUUUUACUGUUGUGUUUUGUCUAUGCUCAUUUUAAAUUGUCAUUAUUGUCAACGUUGCCGGUUGCCCUACAAACUACAACGAAAGUUAAUUUUAAGGAAAGUAACACGAAUUAACCACCAUUAAGAAAUCAGACUACAUACCCUUGACGGUAAAAACAUCGCUUAACAGAAUGGCACCUAAAAUACAUUUUUUGUUAAUAGUGCUUAUUUCUUUUCAAAAGUUUGGCGACUGCCAAAAACCAGUUUCUCUGGAUAAAAUUUACCAACAAGGAGUCAAGGCCUACUCAGAUGAUAAAUGGUCCAGGUGUAUUGAGAAGUUUGAAGAAACCUUACAUCUUUACAAACUAUACAAAUCUGUUGUUAUAAAUUGUAGGUUAAGGUGUAGCUCUGAAAAAUACGAGUCUCAAGUUGACGAAAAUAUUGAUGACCUACAAAUAUUUGAAAAGUACUUUAACAAAAGAGACUGUCUAAAUAAAUGUCAGGAUAAAGAAUUUCAUGGUGUGAAUCUAAACAAAACAUUAGAUGACUCUAUUUUGCAUGAUUUGCAAGCAAAAAGGCCUUAUGAAUAUCUUCAUAUAUGUUAUUUCCAAAUGCACAUGUUCCAGAAAGCUGCUUCUUCUGCAUUUACAUUUCUAAUGGCUAAUCCUGAUGAUGAGACAAUGAAAUCAAAUGUACAGUACUACUUGGAGCAGCCCGAAGUUGAUAAGAAUGAGGUCAUGGAUAUGGAAAGUGAUGAUUAUGUAGUACAAUAUAAUAUAGCAAGAAAAUCAUACAACCUCAACAAUUGGGCAGAAACUGUAGCUAGUUUUGAAGAAGUCUUAAAAGAUUACUUUUCAUCAGAGAACAACUGUCGAGUAGAAUGUGAACGCCAGCCUGGUCAAGAAUGGUCAACUGAAUUUGUUAUAACCAUUUCUAACAACAUUGCAUCACUUCUACACUGUAGACAACAAUGCCAAGACAAACUACAGAGUAUGAAUUAUAAUUCAGGAAUUGAAUUUAUUGCUGAUGUACUUAAUUAUCUACAAGUAGCCUAUUAUCACCUUGAAAAGCAUGAUGAUGCGGCACAAGCUGUAGAAAGCUAUUUGGCUCUUAUCCCGAAUGAUGAAGACAUGUUAGAAAAUCUUAAACUGUUUUACAAUCAUGUCAACAAAGAAUCUUUUACACAGAGAUCUGAAGUAAUACAUUACAAGAAACGUGAUGAAUAUGAAAAGAAACUGCUUAAUAUUUUUCAUCAGGGAAAUAAACAUGACAUUGAUUUUAACUCCAUUCUUAGCACUUAUAAGUUUUUGAAAUAGUGAGAUAUAACUAAAGUUCCUUAAUAUUUUUUAAGUCAAAUGUUUUUGAUACAUUUACAUUUUAUAACAUUUUUUCUAAUUUUAACUUUGUAAAAGUUAAGGAUAGUACAAUAUUUAAAGGAAUCUAAAUAGUACAACAGGUGCUAUGAGCUAAUGUAAGCUAAGAAUAAUGCUAACAUUUACUAAAAGAGGUGCCAUAUAAUUAUAUUUACCUACUUACUGUGUUAAAACCAAA